UGAGAAAAGCAAGCGAAAUAUUUCUUUUCGGAUUAUAUCAACGCUUAAUUUGUACUAGACUUUGGUGGAGUUUGUACGAAGUUCUUAUUUAAAAAAAAUGGACCAAAAUGAAUUUCGAAAAAGGACAAAGGAAAUGGUGGAAUACAUUUGCAAUUAUCUGAAACAUAUCGAGUCGAGAAGGGUAACACCAACGGUGGAGCCGGGUUAUUUAAAAAAAUUAAUAUGCAACGAAGCACCGGAAAAUCCCGAAGAUUGGGAUGUUAUUAUGUGUGAUGUCGAAUCAAAAAUAAUGCCAGGUAUUACCCAUUGGCAACAUCCUCGUUUUCACGCAUACUUUCCAUCAGGAAAUGCAUUUCCGUCUAUUAUUGCUGACAUGUUGUCCGAUGCCAUUGCUUGUAUGGGAUUUACCUGGGCCGCAAGUCCUGCCUGUACCGAACUGGAAAAAAUUGUCCUUGACUGGUUUGGAAAGGCAAUAGGUUUACCGGACGAAUUUUUAACAUUGAGUGAAGACAGUAAGGGUGGAGGUGUUAUGCAGGGUUCCGCCAGUGAUUGUGUAUUCGUAUGUAUGUUAGCAGCAAGGACCCAUGCUAUAAAACGCUUGAAACAGCGGCACCCCCUUGUAGAAGAGGGGACACUACUGUCCAAAUUGAUGGCUUACUGUUCAACAGAAGCUCACUCUUGUGUUGAAAAAGCUGCAAUGUUAUGUUUUGUAAAACUGAGAAUUUUGGAGCCCGAUGAAAAAUCGUCGCUUAGGGGACAAACUUUGCAAAUGGCAAUGGAAGAAGACAAAACAAUGGGUUUGGUACCUUUUUUCGUUUCAACCACUCUUGGAACAACAUCUUGUUGUUCGUUCGAUAAUCUUUCUGAAAUAGGACCCGUUUGCAAAAAAUUCCCCUCAGUGUGGCUCCAUGUCGAUGCGGCUUACGCAGGAAAUUCAUUUAUCUGCCCAGAACUCAGGCGUUUUCUUAAAGGAGUCGAAUAUGCCGAUUCUUUUAAUACAAACCCCAACAAGUGGUUGACGGUAGCUUUUGAUUGUUCUACCAUGUGGGUUAAAGACAGAAAUCGACUUACUUCGGCCUUCAUAGUCGACCCUUUGUAUUUACAACACGGUUACAGUGAUGCUGCAAUCGAUCAUCGACACUGGGGGAUUCCCCUCAGUAGACGAUUUCGCUCAUUGAAACUUUGGUUCGUUAUGAGAUGCUGUGGUUUAUCUGGUCUGAGAAAUUACAUUCGACACCAUAUUCGCUUGGCCAAAAAGUUCGAACAUAUGGUUAAGCACGAUAAGCGGUUCGAAAUUUGUAAUGAUGUUAAGCUCGGUCUGGUCUGUUUUCGUUUGAAAGGCGAUGAUCACUUAAAUGAAAAACUUCUUAGCAAUAUAAACGCUUCGGGAAAACUUCAUAUGGUCCCAGCGUUGGUUCGCCACAAAUAUGUCAUCAGAUUUUGUGUUACGGCACCAAAUGCAACUGAUGAAGAUAUUGAGUACGCAUGGGAAAUUAUAAAAGAAUUUGCUUCUAGUUUAUUGGAAGCUAAAGAAAAUGAAGAGGAAAUUUCUGACGGUAGAAGGCGAAAACGUUCUGCUUUUAUGCGUUCUUCUUUUGUGCGCAUGGUCAGCGAUUCUAAAUUUUACAACCCUUCAGUUGGAAGAAAGCCCCAUGCAAUAACAGGUUCUGAAAAUAACCCAAUGCAACCAUUGCGGAGUUCAUCUAGGAUAAGUUGGCCAUUAGCCUAUUUAAUUAGAGGGACUGAAGAAGAAGGUGUUCCUCAUUUGGACCAAUCAGGAUCAGGAAAUGAUGGCAGUCAUUCGUCGAGUGCUAAACAGGACAACAAGCCGAAAUAAAUGUUUUAGUAAAAGGCAAAG